AUGAAGAUUGAGAGAAAAUCAUCAAUUCAUCUGUCAGAUCAACCAAGCGAGCAUGUACAGUUCGACAACGAAUCGGAAAAAACAACAAUUGACGCUGACGAGGCGCCAGAGAAAAAGCCAGAGAAAAAGGGCAACUAUGUCUUGACAUUUGUCGGUCUGCAAGUAGCUUUAUUUAUGGCUGCUCUAGAUAGUACCAUUGUAUCAACGGCUCUGCCUCGUAUUGGCUCUGAUUUCAAUCAAAUGUCAAUUGUUUCUUGGGUUGCUACAGCAUAUAUCUUGACGUUCGAUGCAUUCCAGCCACUCUUUGCUAAAUUUUCAGACAUUUUUGGCAGAAAAUGGAUCAUGAUCUUUGGCACAUGUAUGUUUUUAUUUGGUUCUUUGCUUUGUGGUAUCUCAACUUCUAUGAUCAUGUUGAUUAUUUCUAGAGCUAUUGCUGGUAUUGGCGCUGCUGGUAUUAUGUCAAUGGUGUUUAUUAUUAUCUCUGAUCUAGUUCCACUUGAAAAAAGAGGGUCCUAUCAAGGUAUUAUUAACGCUGUUUUUGCUUUGUCAAGUGUAUUUGGUCCAUUGAUUGGAGGAAGUUUCACUGAUUAUGUUACAUGGCGUUGGAACUUUUAUAUUAACUUGCCUAUUGGCGCUGUGGCUUUAUUUGUCUUGUUCUUCUUUUUACAUAUGCCUGCACCUAAAGGCAAUCUUACAGAAAAGUUGAAGCGUAUUGAUUACCUGGGCACAUGUAUUGUUCUCGUCUUUGCAACAUUGUUCUUGUUGGCUAUGAAUUUUGGUGGCCAAACGUUUCCUUGGAAAUCUGCCGCAGUCAUUGUACCAUUGGUGUUGACAGUUCUUUUGGUUGCUUUGUUAGUUUAUGUGGAGGGAAAAGUUGCUGAGCCUUUGAUACCACCUCGUUUGCUCAAGAACCGUUCUGUUGCAUCUGUCUUGGCUACAAAUUGGUUCUUUGGUAUGGCAUUCUUUAGCAUGAUUUAUUACUUGCCUAUCUAUUUCCAAGUCGUACGUGAAGAUUCAGCUAUGUGGUCUGGCAUUCGUUUAAUUCCUAUGGAAUUAUUGAUUUCUGUAUUCUCUACUAUUUCAGGUUUCUUCAUAUCUAAAGUAGGCAUUUAUAAGCCAAUCCCUCCUCUUGGUAUGUGUUUGCUCACUUUGAGUGUUGGUUUAUUAUGCUUGUUAGACGAAACUACUUCGUUCCCAAAAAUAUACGGAUAUACUGUCCUUGGUGGUGCUGGUAUUGGUCUCAUGUUCUCUUCUGCUAUCAUUGCUCUUCAGGCCUCUUCUGAGCCUAGAGAUGUUGCUGUUGUUACUGGUCUUGGUAAUUUCAGUCGUAUUUUAGGUGGGGCUUUAGGCGUUGCUAUUUCCUCAGCUAUUCUCAACUCAUCCUUGGCCAAAGAUCUUGCUCUUGUUGUUCCUCAAGAUAUCGCUCAGAAGGUCUUGGAGUCAACUGAAUAUGUGCGAAACGGUUGUCCUCCCCAAUAUAUUGAAAUAGUUGUCACUAACUAUGUGAGCGCUCUACGGUUUAUUUGGUAUGUCAUGACUGCUAUGUGUGGUGUAGGCUUUUUGUCCUCCUUGUUUAUCAAGCACGGAAGUGUGCUUAAACGCCAAGCUCCCGCUGAUAAAGACGAAGCUGUUGCCAAUACGAACAAGGACACUAAAAUUGAGAUUCCUCCUGAAUAA